UCUGUUUUCCUUGAAAACGAAACUUAGUCAAAUCACAGCUUUGUUUCAAUAGAUAACGGUGUGUUUUAGUUGUUGUGCCAUAAAGUAAUCUCUGCACAUACCGACACACCAGACAGCUGAGGAAGCACUUUGUGUACAGGUUUCAGACGGAGGUCAGUGUUGCUGAGAUGUUGGAAGGAAAAGCUUGGAUCACAGGUUGCAGCCUGUUUGUGCUGCUCAUGUUUUAUGGUCAAACUGCUCACUGCCAAAAGGACAAAGGUUCAACACAUGAAGACCUGAGACUCAUGCUGGUUGGAAAAACUGGAUCAGGAAAGAGUGCUACUGGAAACACCAUCCUGGGGAAAGAAGAUGCCUUUCGAGAGGAAAUGUCACCUGAGUCGGUGACUAAAGGCUGCCACAGAAAAGAGGGAAGAUACAGAGAGAGGAAGAUUGCUGUGAUCGACAGCCCAGGACUGUUUGACACAAACAAAACAAAAGAAGAAAUAAAGGUAGACAUUGAGGAGUGUAUUGAACAGUCAGUUCCUGGACCCCAUGCUUUUCUGUUAGUCAUCAGUCUGAAGGUAAGAUUCACUGAAGAGGAGAAGGCAGCUGUGAAGUGGAUCCAGGAUAAUUUUGGCUCAGAUGCUGACAUGUAUACCAUAGUCCUGUUUACACAUGCUGACCUCCUGAAGGAUAAAUCUGUGGAAGACUUUUUGGCAGAGAGCAGAUAUCUACAAAGACUGCUAAAUAAGUUAGGGGGACGAUAUCAUUCACUCAUCAAUGACAAGAGACAAGACAGAAGCCAGGUUGGGGAACUUAUAGACAAGAUAGAUAAAAUGGUGAAGAGCAAUGGGGGAAGUCACUACACCAGUGAGAUGUACCAGAAAACCCAGAAGAGACUUGAGGAGGAGAGAAAAAGAUGGGUAGAGGAAGAGCGAAGAAAGAAGGAAGAGGAAGAGAGGAUCAGGGAGAGGAUCAGGGAGAGGGUUAGGGAGAGGAAGGAAAAGAUUGCUUGGUGUAAAAACAUAGUUUAUACUGCCUUGGGAAGUGCUGGAGCAGGAGCAUUACUUUACCCCCCAGCGUUCCUCCUGUCAGGUGUUGGGGCACUUAUACUAGCAGCUAAUGGUUGCACAGUAGAUAUGUUUAUAUAGUUGCAGGACCUGGAGGGUGUUCCAUCAAGGCAGAUUCAGGAGAAGCCUGGCUUAUUCUGAUAAGUCUCGCUAAUUUAAGUGAGAGAUGCGUUCCAUUAAUGGGGCUUAUGUGACUCCCUACCCAGUAACCAUGGUAACUCAAACCGCUGAACUAGCUUGUUCCUUGUCAGGCUAACUGACAAGCUUACUUUAAGCUACAGUAUGUUUCAAAUAAUUUCUACAGGCGGAAACAGAAUCACAAAAUACAGUUUUGUCACGUUUCUUUCUGAGCUUGCGUCACUUUUAUCAUGUGUGGAAACACAAGUUAAGACUUAUUUUUUGGGGAAUUAACCCUUUAUUGUAAUACUCAAUGUAUGAUUUAACAAAAGUGUGCAAACUUUUUGUAGUAGUCCUUUAUUCAUUAAGCCUUAAUAUAAUUAAAGUUAAUGUUAAUUCUAACUGGGCUUUUUUAAUUAAGCCUCGGUUUCAUUAGCUGCGUUGAUUGAACACCCUCCUGUACAAAAAUGAAAAUCUUGAAGAGGCAAUUGUUACAAAAGAAUCCUGUUUACUACAUUAACUAUGAAAUAUGGGUGUUUAUACUUUAUGUCUGAAUGUAUGGGCUACAUGCAAUUUUCAAUAAAGUCUGACAUUCAG